UGGACCGAGCCUUGCAGGCGGUGGUAGACGCCCUUGCUUUCGCUUUGCAUCCUGGUAUUUGGCAGUUCCGCUGCCAGUUGGUGCGUUGAUCUGGGCCACAUCCUCCAUGGAGUCUUCCAAGGAUACCCAGCACGGUGAUGCUCUAGAAUCUAAAAGUUGCUUGGCUAACAGGACGUCCUCUCGUCAGAACAAAAGGACCAGCCUCUCGUCUUCUGACGGAACAGGUCCGAGAGUCACUGAGUCCCUAGGCCUUCCCAGGGUGUUGACUCCCUCUGACACGGCUGCGGAGCUGGGUCAGAAGACCUCCUCCUCUUCGUCUUCCUCCUCUUCCUCUGCUCAGUCUAAUCGUUCCUCAAAAGUUUCGCUGCCUGAAAUCCCAAAGGAAAAAUAUCCCGAGGAAUUCAGCCUGCUCAAUUCACAGACAGAAGAUGGGCAGCGUCCUGAGUGGACAUUUUAUCCAAGGUUCAGCAGCAACAUCCACACCUACCACAUUGGAAAGCAGUGCUUCUUCAAUGGGGUCUUCCGGGGCAACAGGAGGUCUGUGGCAGAGAGGACAGUGGACAACAGCCUCGGGAAGAAGAAAUACGAUAUUGAUCCCAGAAAUGGAAUCCCCAAAUUGACACCAGGGGAUAAUCCGUACAUGUUCCCAGAACAGAGUAAAGAGUUCUUCAAAGCGGGAGCAACUUUGCCUCCGGUGAACUUCUCACUUCUGCCUUUCUGGGAGAAGGAAAAAGCCAACAAUUUGAAGAACGAGAUAAAAGAAGUCGAGGAGCUUGACAACUGGCAGGUGCCGAUGCCCUUCCUACAUGGUUUCUUCUCCACUGGUGCUUCCAACUUUUCAAGACAACAAUGAGCAGAGACAUUGAGCCCCCAAGCAUUCGCUGACUGCCCUCCCAGCCAGCCUCUGCCAUUGCUGGGUGUUUUUAUUCUUUGCUUUUGACAUUGUCUCUGUCCUAAACCAUUUGUUUGACUCGAAUGAGGAAUCACUAUGUUUGGCCUUGUUGAACACUCAACUGUGAAAACUUUCAAGAUGUGUAGAAAAGUUGCACUGAUUAUAAAGCAGACACCUGGGUGCCCUCAUCUAGCCUCUCCCAUGGUAGCAUGUAUGCCCGUGCUUUUGUUCCUCUCCCUCUAUUUGCUGACCCACUUGCCAGCCAGUGACACACAUCAGACUCCUUUACACCUUCAGACCUACUACCUUAAACAUGUGUCUCUUGAAGUGGGGGAUAUUUUCUAACCACAUGUAAACUUCCAAUGCAAGCUUGGUAUUUGCACUGACACUAAUAUACAGCUCAUGUUUGGUUUUACUCAGACACUGCAGGUUAAUGGUAGCAGGCAGGCAUUAUGGAAGUGUUUCUGUUUCCUCAGACUGCUAUUACGGAAUAUUAGAGACCAGGUAGCUUAUAAACAAGAAGAAUUUCCUUCUUCUAGUUCUAGAGCCUGGAAAUUCCAAGCCCAAGAUGCUGGCAGAUUUGGUAUCUGGUGAGACACUGCCUUCCUGCUCUGCACUCAUAUAGGGGGAGGGGCAAAGUUGGAUCUCUGAGGUCUUUUUCCUUUUGAUAUGGGGAUUAUGUUUGUGUGGUGUAUGUGUGUGUGUUUUGCUGUGAAAAAUACUCUAACAAAAGCAACUUAAAGAAGGAAAGGUUUAAUUUGCCUCCCAUUACCAGAGGGAUGCAGUCGACCAUGGUAGCGAAGACAUGGCAGCAGGCAUGAAAGGAAUUGUGGUAGUAGGAGGUUGACUGCUCACAUUGUAUCUACAGUCCAAAUAUGAACAGGGAGAAGUACCAGGCUGUAGAGCCACAAGGCCUGCUCCCAGUAACCCACUUCCUACCCCAAAAGAUCUAAUUCACUCCUGAAAGACUCCUUGAAACCAGCAUUACCUCUCAUAGGGACAGUAAACACCAGAUCACCUCUCAUCAGGCUCUUCCUAAUCAAAAGCCUAUCAAUUUUCUUCAUUUUCUCCCACUCGUCCUACAGGAUUUCUCCAUGUAGUCCUAUCCGCCCUGGAAUUCACUCUGGAGACCAGGCUGGCCUUGAACUCAAGAGAUCUGCCUGGCUCUGCCUUUCAAGUGCUGGGAUUAGAGGCGCGUGCCAUCAGCUAGUCAGUCCUAUCAGUUUUCAAUGUCACUGUAUUGGGGACAGUAUUUUUUUUUUUCCACUUCUCAUUGCUGUAUCAGAUGAGAAGCAAUUUCAGGGCUAUUUUGGCUCUCCGUUUUAGGGUACAUGGUCUAUCACAGUCAGGGAAGGUACAACAGUAGCAAUAUGAAGCCUCUGGUCCCACUGGGUGCUCAGCUGGAUUUCUCAUUUUUAUUUCAUUUGUGACCCAUGGGAAGAGUCUGUCCAUAUUGAGGGUGGGUCUUUCCUCCUCCAUUACAUGUCUCUGAGGAAAACACCCUCAGAUACACAGAGUAUGUUUCUUCUAAAUCUAGUCAAGGUAACAGUAAAGGUCAAUCACCAGAGGGACCAAGCCAUAUCCAAACUAUAGCAAUAGGAAACUUAACAAUUCCCUAAGAGAUGCAUCCCACAGUUUUAUUUUGAGAGAUUUACUUUGGUUGGACUGUUUCCUUUUGAUCUUGAGCAAUUGGCUCCCAAAACUUAGCUCAGUGGUGGCACUGACUGACAAGGCAAAGUACUAUCCAGUUUUACUCUCAAGGUCACGCAGCAGGUCUGUGAGGCUUUUCUUGCUUGGUCUGACAAUCAAAGACAGUGUAUCUGCACUUCCACUUUGACUGGGGAAUGUGCCAGACAGGGGUGGUGCACUUUUUAGUGACCCUAUGGGCCAAGUUCCCAGUGGAUUUGGAACGGGACAGGGAACUCAGAGAGAUGGCUGGUGUCCUUCCAAUGCAGGAUGAUCCCACAGUAAGCAUCCAGGAGGCUACCACUGCCUUGAGAACCUCAACACUGAGGUUCCUCUACUUGAACUCUGUAAGAAUCUGUAUGUGAAAGGCAAACAUUUCUGCGUGUGUACAAAGGAACCCAGCCUAUGAAUCUCUUAAACUAUCAGCCAAAUAGCCCAAUGCCUAAAAGUGCCUAUCUCUAACAAACUUAAGAGUGUGUUCAGGGGGCAACAGAUAGUUCUAUCCCAAUAGUAAAGGCAGUAGUGUGGCAUGGUUAUUUGGCUACAAAUAUGAAUGAUAGUAAUUCUGCUAUGGAUAGUCAGAGCACAGCUACACUAAAAUGAGUUCUUCAAUGGGAUUUCAAAUAAACUCAGAAUUCUACAUUUGAGCCAGACUCAGAAACUUACAGUGACCAUAAGGGAGAGAACAUAAGGAGAUGCAGAGACUAAGUGAGCCUUCAGGAUGAUGUAGCUCUUCGUGAAGGAAAUACAAGUGGUCCCAGAGAGAUGUUGGUGCUGUCUAUAGGACUCCUUAAAGCCCACAUGGCAUUAUCACAUAAUUAGAAAACAAAACAAACCUCCCUCUAAUGGAUAUAGCUGAGGGAUGUACAAGUGAGCUGUUUGUCAGGCAGAUUUCAACCCCUAUUUACCUAUGUUCAGUAAACUUCCUAUACAUCCAUACAGAUCAACCUGUACUAUUUCCUGGAAAAAGAAAUUCACAUGAAACUACAGGUUUUACAGAUGCUGAUGAAAAGGCCUAUGAUGUAAUUGGCAUAAAAGUCUGGGGCAUAAAUAUAUUCAUGUGACAAAAGAAAACCUCUCUGAGACAUAACAUGAGACCUGUGCAUUCAGGGUCUGGGGGAUACUGGUCCCAAACAGAGCAGUGAACUUAUAUGACUCUUGAACCCUGGGGCCUGAGGAAAAGCAGAUUCUCUUUGGGAACAGUGUCCCACCUCAGGGCACAGGAGACUCUCGAGAAAGGAGACCCACAAAGAUGAAUUCCUGAGGAAAAAAGAUUAAAAACCACAAUUGGAUCCACCACAAAGAGCUGGUAGUUGGACUCCAGCCACAUUAGGUGACUAAGACUGUUUUGCAGGGACUGGGGAGAUGGCUCCACGGUUAAAGGUGCUCGCUGCUCUUCCAGAAGGAACAAGUUCAGUUCUCAGCACCCAAGGGAGGCUCACAACCCCCUGUAGUUCCAGCAUCAGAGGGUCUCAAACCCUCUUCCUGCCUCACCGGACAUCCUCUCAUGUGUUGCGUACAUAUACACGAACGUUACAUAUAAAUAAAAAGCCUUAAAGAAUGUUUUUGUAAUAUGGUAUUGAUUACUGUGGUAGGGUGCAUGCAAUUCAUUUUGAAGUAAAGAUGCUAGGUCAUCAGUUUUCUCAGUGCUGGCAAGUGUGUAAAUGAGAGGGGUGUUGGGGGUGGAGCUAGAGGGCUUGUCUUUAAUUGAGUACAUUUAUUUGGGGAACAUUAUAAGGAAUGACUAACACUCUUCCCACCCAUGUCCUGAUGUUGCUGUUGACUUUCAUCCCUAAUCUUGGGAUUAAGUUUUUUUUGUGGAGUCUCUUGGUGUUAAAAGAUAGGUGAGGGCUGGCAACACCAGGUAAAAGCACUUAGUGAGCAAGCCCAGUGAUGUGGGUUUGAUCUCUAUAGCCCUCUGUGGAAGGGAAGAACUGACUCCUGAAAGCUGUCUUCUGACCUCCAUGUGUAUGCUGUGGUUUUCAGCGCUCCCUCUCCAGGAAUAAAUAAAACGAGAAGGUACAAAAACAAAACCAGUGAGCUAGAAGUUGAUAUUUAAGUAUUUUCCUCAGGUAAGUAAAUGUCAGCUCAGUCAGAUCCAGUUCCAGAAGGUGAUUAUGGUGGCAAAAUGGAGAAUGGCACAGCUUAAAGUUCCCUUCGUAAGCUAGAUAGACCACUGCUGUCCUUCUGGAGCCAGAUUCCCCGAGACUGUGCUUCUUGCAUACCAAUAGCUACUAUGUGAAAAAGGGUCUCUGUGUCAGAUCAACUUGGAAUUUUUAAAAAAGAUCUUUUAUAUAUUUUAGGGCUUUAUUUGCAUGGAUGUCUGCACACCAGAAGAGGGCAUCAGAUCCCUUAAUAGAUAGAUGGUUGUUAGCUGCCGUGUGGGUGCUGGGAAUUGAACUCAGAACCUCUGGAAGGACAGGCAGUGUUCAUUACCACUGAGUCAUCUCUCCAGACCCCAAUUUAGAAAUUCUUUAAAACAAAACAAACAAGGACGGGUGGGGGAGAUGGUUCAGUACUUAAGAGUAUGUACCACUCCUGUAGAGGGUGGUGGGCUUGGUUCCCAGCUCCCAUCUGGUGGCUCCCAACCAUCUGUAAUUCCAGUUCAAAGGCAUCCAACAUACAUACAGGCAAGACACUCAUAUGCAUCAAAAAAAAAAAAAAAAUCUAAAAAGGAAAAGAAAAAUGUAUUAGCUUCUAGAGCUACCAUGGUGUAGGAAAUAGAAAUGGGGUCUGGGCUGGAGAGGUGGCACAGUCAGUAUAAUCACUGGUGGAGCUAGAGGAUACAGGUUUGCUUCCCAGAACCUGCAGAGUAGCUCCUAACUGCAUGUUACUUCAGUUCAAAGGGUCUAAAACUGCCAUCUGGCCUCCUCAGGCACCAUACAAAUGUGCACAGACAUACACGCAAGCAGAACACCCAUACAUAGUAAAGAAAAAAAAAGUAAACGUCUUUGAUAAGAGAAGUGGGUUCUCUUCUGACUUCAGAAGCAGAGGUAGGAGGACAAGUUGCUCCCAGGGUCGGGUCCUUGGAGGUUCAGGGGAAAGAGUGCACCUCAUGUCUUUCUUUACCUCUAGCACAGCAGUUCUCAGCCUGUGAGUUGCAACUCCUUUGGGGUUACUGAAUGACCCUUUCACAGGGGUGACUCACCUGUGACCAUCGGAAAACACAGAUAUUUAUAGUAUGCUUUCAUUAACAGUAGCAAAAUUAUAGUCAUGAAGUAGCAAUGAAAUAAUUGUAUGAUUGGGGGGGGGGUCACCAUAACCUGAGGAACUAUAUUAAAGGGUUGAAGAAUGAGAACUACAGCUCUAGAUCUGUCUGCGAACCAUCACCCCCCCACCAUGCCUCAUUCUGUGUACACACUGUUCAUACUGUGUAUCCAUGUCACUUCACUCUGCCCCUUUUAAAGACCAGAUUUCAGGCUAUUCGCUGUUUCCAGCAAAUGAUUAUCAUAACAUAUGUAUAAGCACACAUGCAUCACUCUUGGGUCAGAGGCAUGGAAGAGUAGAUAACUCAAGAUUAUAGCUAUGGGAAUAGAUAACUCAAGAUUAUAGCUAUGCAUUAGUCGAAUCUGAAAAAGCUGAUCAUAUGGGCUGGGCAUGGUGGUACACACUUUUUUUUUUUUUUUUUUUCGAGACAGGUUUUCUCUGUAUAGCCCUGGCUGUCUUGGAACUCACUCUGUAGACCAGUCUAGCCUCAAACUCAGAAAUCCGCCUGCCUCUGCCUCCCGAAUGCUGGGAUUAAAGGCGUGCGCCGCCACCACCUGGCGUGGUUCACACUUUUAAUCCCACACUUGUGAGGCAGGAGUAGGAGGAUUUCUGUGAGUUGGAGGCCAGUCUGGUCUACAUACCAAGUUCCAGGUCAGCCAGGACCACAAAGACCUAGUCUCAAAAACAGUAACAACAGCAGCAGCAGCAACAACAACAAUAGCAGCAACAACCACCCAAACCCAAAACAAACAAAAACCCCAACAAAACAAAACAAUCCCAAAAGUUGACCCAAGGCAGGUAAAGCUGGUUUUAAUAUUGUUCUCUUAAAGGCAGAUUAAAAAACAGGCAGAGUACAUAGUAGCAUAGCAAUAGUAAGUGACCUCAGGGUGUAUUAUUAACUCUGCCCGUGAGAGCUAGUCAAAAGUUCCAGCCUCCUAGGAUGUAAGAGAUAUUUUUAUCACAAUGCAUUGCCACAGUUCCUCCUUUUUUGUUUUAUCAAA